CUGUGGAGUUGAAAAAUGACAUAUGACACUAAAUUGUUUAAAAUACUAAAAAAUUUCAACCUGCAAUAAUAAAACAAUAAUUUAUAAAAACACGUGAAAUAAUUGGAAAAGAAAGUCAUUAUGAUAGUUAAUUUUGACAAGCUUUGUGAAGAAUUAGAAAAACAAGAACUAGAGGCUCCAAAUGGUGUAGCUUCACCAACUACAUAUGCGCAGCUUCUUGCUAUCUAUUUGUAUCAAAAUGACUUAUGCAAUGCUAAAUUUUUAUGGAAAAGGAUACCUCAAAAUAUCACAACUAGUAAUCCAGAAAUAGCAGCAAUUUGGGCAGUUGGGAGGAAAUUGUGGAAAAAAGACCUUCCUCGUGUUUUCCAAACUCUUGCUGCAUACCAUUGGGAAGAACCUGUAGCUACUAUAAUGAGAGCUCUUGAAGAAAAUGUUCGAGAAAGAGUGUUUAAUUUAAUAGGAAAGUCAUACAGUUCAAUAGCAAUAGACACAGUGGUUUCUACGACGUGGCUAAGCAAAGAAGCAGUGUUACAAAUAUGUAGAGAUCGUAAAUGGGAGUUGAAUGAAGAUGGUGUCACUGUAAAUCCUGCUCCUCCAGUCCAGCCAGCGCCAUUGCACACCUCUAGUGAAGAUCAACUUUUUAAGCUGACAGAUUUUGUGUCAUUCUUAGAAAACUAAGUAAGUCGUUUAAGUUUUUUGUAUAAUAAAGUAUUUAAAAACUA